AUGUCGUCCUCCAUGCGCGUGGCGCUGGUGACCGGGGCCAACAAGGGCAUCGGCUUCGCCAUUGUGCGUGAGCUGUGCCGGCAGUUCUCCGGGGACGUGGUGCUCACGGCGAGGGACGAGGCUCGGGGUCGGGCGGCCGUGCAGCAGCUGCAGGCCGAGGGCCUAAGCCCGCGCUUCCACCAGCUGGACAUCGACGACCUGCAGAGCAUCCGCGCCCUGCGUGACUUCCUGCGCCGCGAGUAUGGGGGCCUGGACGUGCUGGUCAACAACGCAGGCAUCGCCUUCAAGAUUGCAGAUUCUACACCCUUUCAUAUUCAAGCAGAGGUGACACUGAAAACGAACUUUUUUAGCACCCGAGAUGUCUGCUCGGAGUUGCUGCCUCUGAUUAAACCCCAAGGCAGAGUGGUGAACGUGUCAAGCAUGGCUAGUAUCCAAGCCCUUAAAUCCUGCAGCCCAGAGCUGCAGCAGAGGUUCCGUAGUGAGACCAUCACAGAGGAGGAGCUGGUGGCUCUCAUGAAGAAGUUUGUGGAAGAUACAAAGAAUGGGGUGCACCAGAAGGUGGGCUGGCCCAACACUGCAUAUGGUGUGUCGAAGAUCGGUGUCACAGUCCUGUCCAGAAUCCACGCCAGGAACCUGAGUGCACAGAGGGGAGGUGACAAGAUCCUCCUGAAUGCCUGCUGCCCGGGGUGGGUGAGAACUGACAUGGCGGGGCCUAGUGCCACCAAAAGCCCAGAAGAAGGAGCAGAGACCCCCGUGUACUUGGCCCUUUUGCCCUCAGAUGCUGAGGGGCCUCAUGGACAGUUUGUUUCAGAGAAGAGAGUUAGGCAGUGGUGAGCUUGACUCACAGUGCCAUUCUUGGGUGCCAUUUUGUUUCUGUUCUGAAUAAACCACAGGGCAUUGACACUUGUCAGCAAUGUCCCUGUCAAGCACGCACUUUCAGCUGCCUACUAAUUCUGUGCAUUCUUUUUUGAUUUUCUCCAUGAUGUCUUAUAGGGAAAACUAUGUGUAAUCAGUGAAAAUAAUGACUGCGAAUCAAUAGAUGAAUGAAAUUGGUUCUUGAUAAAUACCUCUUUAGGUCAGAGGAAGGGACAGUGUAACCCAGAGUUUGACGUCCUUUUUCCGUAGAGGGCUAGAUAGUAUUUUCAGCUUUGCAG